AUGAACAUCCCCAGACCGUCAGAUGAGAACUAUGGGUGUCUCGUGCCCCAGGUAGCGCAGCAAGUCAAUAAUAAUAACCACAGCUCUACAACGGUUACUCCUAUGAACAUCGGCUCAGAGGACAUGAACUCUAUCGAUGUGACUGGUCAAGGUCAUGGUGUUGAAGUGCAAGAGUUUUGGAGUGGACAUGGAGCAGAACUCGACUGGCAAACCCUUUUCCUGCUCGGAAACAGUACUGAAAGUCGAGUUGAAGGUUCCGAUAUCUUGGCCUUUGGACAGGAUUAUCAGUACCAAGCCCCCGUCUCGCUGUUUGACUUCCCCUUGAGCAAUGUAUCCCCUAGCACAUUCGAUACUUUAUUUGGCCCGCAAGAGUCUUUUUUGAGCAGUAUGGGAAAUGGCAUGAGCGAAGCACUUCAUGCUCAGUCUGGUAAUUCUGAACUUUUCUCAAAUGCCCCUUCUGGAAAUCAGGUUGCCGAUUCUGGUGCAGUUUGUCCAAACCUCCAUCAUGGGCUCAAUCUUUUUCAUCCUUAUCUGAGCGCAUCCCGCCAAUUAAACUUGUUGACGUCAACUUCGCUCAAUGAUCCUGCUCAAGUGGCGACUUCGAUGUCUUUGCCAUUGCUGAAUGAAUACGUAGCUCCAUCCUCAGAAGACCGCCAUGCUCGGCAAGAUACUCCAGCCGCAACAAAAGGUCCCGAGGUUACAACCAGUGCUCACAACUUUGAAGAAUUCUGCGAGCUCAACGGCUAUAUGCGACUAGAAGCAAUGUACCAUCUUCGACCACCUGGUACCGAGCGAGCUCAGACAGCACGGACUUAUUUCCAAUGGGCCAGUACGCGGAACUUUGCGAAAGAAAGCGUUGGUUAUGUUGGUGGUCUUGACUUACAGCGUUACAAGAUCCGCUAUAGUGAUGGAAAUGGGAAGGUUGAGACCCUCGAAACAGUCUUGAUACAUCGUUUGGGUUGGAACAUUGCUACGUUCAAGGCUAGCACCCGAGUUUUUGAGGCUGUUGAGUAUCUUGCUCCGAAUUUUACCUGGAAUCCCGAACACGUUCCAACACUCAGUACAAAUACGAAGAAUACAACUGGUCAAAUCGUUCUCGAUAAACAAAACCCUCAUGAAGUUUGGAAGGGAAUUCAAUAUCUUUUCCACGUACCGGGCUACUUCAUCAACGGUAAAAUGCCAUUGAACAGCAUCACGAAGUCUGAAAAAGAACAAAUUGCAGCACAGAUUUCAGUGAAGGAUAUGCAACGCAAACUGAACUUGAUUCGGAGCAUGCUUAUUCCUCUCAAUGAUUCUAAUUGA